AUUUAGCGGUUACCCCGUGCCACCAAUUUCUCACUUCCCUCUCCUCUCCCCCCCGUCAAUUUGCUCCUACUUCAUCCCACCCCCUGACCCUUGUUCGAGAUCUUUGAUUGAGAUCUCUUGGGGCUUCUUCUUCACGUCGACUCGCCACGCUCCUUUUCGAAGAGGCGACAUCGACAACACAUUCCUUUUCAAUCGCACCUGGUCGCACCAGCAAAAUGUCGACUCUCUCUGAUACCCUCUAUUGAGCCAUCCAUCUUCAGAGUUCUCCGGGCUCCUCUCCUGCCUCGCUGGAUCCCGUAUCCGCCAUGGAGAAGCUAAACACUGAAGAUGGACAACUCUUCAUUAAGAACCUUGCCAACUUCGUCCGCACGCACGAAAAGGCGCUUGCAAACGCUUUGCAGCUCCGCCGCGAGUCCAAGAAUGUCGUGACCCCACAGUCGUCGACCAGCUCCUCGACUGGCGGCGCCUCCUUCUCCUCCACCUCCCUAACACUGGCCGCGGCGUUCUCGUUGGGCGCAUUGAAAUUCACAUCGCAGAACAUCAAGCCCGCCAAACUCACCCUGACCCCUCACCACCUUUUCUACCUCCUGUCGCGCUUCGAGGAUCUGUCCAUUGCGGUUGGCCCCAUGAAUGUUCGCCUGGAGAAUAUCCACACCGAAGUCUCGCAGUCGUACGUCUCCUUCUUGAACAAACCCCAGCGGUCCAAGGGCGAUGGCGCGUCGAUCCACUCCGUUUCCAGCGUUCGCAGCGUCAUGUCCGGUAUGAGCGGCCUCUGGUCUUCCUGGGGCCUCGGAUCCAAGGACUCGAUCUCCAAGUCUGACAAGGCCAAGGUCGCCCUGGAAGCGGACCUCAAGUACCUGUACUCGGCCUUCACCAAGAUUCCCUGUCUGCGACUGGCUCCGGACCAUCGCGCACGUCUGAUUAGCGGUUAUGAAGAGUUUCCAUUCGACACGGCUGUGCCGCUCCAUUCCUUCAAAAAUCUGAGCGCUUUAGAAAUCAUUGACAUAGAUUACCGCUCCUUCUAUGGUUGGGACCGACUCUCUGAGCAGUUGCGCACCUUGACCGUGAAGCGGGCUCAUUUGGAUGACCCGGCUGAUCUGUUGACGAGGAUCGUGCUGGAUGACAUUGACAAGCGCCGCCGUCGCUCUGCCAAAUCUCAACAGUCGCCGCCGCUUGGUUGGACCGGCAGCACGGGCAGCCAGCCAGUUCAUACCCCCGACCAUACCUCCAUCUCGGCGCCCGGCUCUCCCAUUGCUGAGACUGCCCUCGCAAGCAGCACCAGUCCCAAGUCCGUCCCCAUGAUGCGAGCCGGCUCCGAGGGGACAAAGAUCCGCACACGAGCUGAGAGCAUCUCGCCCACUCGGCCGUCUACUAAGCACGGUCAUCGUCACAGCCGGGGCCAAUCUGCACGGAUUCGUCGUACGGGUUCGGGCAGCUCAAACUCCAGCGAUACGUCCGGUGGCUAUCGGACUGGCAGCUCGGCGACUCUUCUUCCUGGCGUUCUCCAUCCUUCGAAGUGGCGGUUCUUGCGACACCUGGGGCUUCCGGAAAACUCGUUGACCUCCAUCUCGGCUGCCAGCCUUGCUCCCGUGGCUAACACUCUCAACUCUCUCGACCUGUCGUCAAACCUCUUGACUGAGAUUCCCGACAGCUUGGCAUCGCUCAUGGCUCUUCGUGCGCUCAACUUGUCUCACUGCAUGAUCGAAUCCUUGCAUUCUCUCACCCGCAAUCCGCUUCCCGCGAUCACCGCUCUUAAUCUUCGUGGCAACCGACUUCGCUCACUGGCCGGCAUUGAACGCCUCCUUUCUCUGGAGCGUCUAGAUCUCCGUGACAACAACCUCAUGGACCCGACGGAAAUGGCACGACUUACGAGUCUCCCUGAGAUACGGGAGAUUUGGGUGUCCGGAAACCCGUUCGUAAAGACUCACUCCGGCUACCGUGUCAUCAUCAUGAACCUAUUCCGUCGGACUCCUGGCUAUGCCGAGGACAUCAUCAUCGAUGGCCGUGGACCCGGUUACACCGAGCGUAAGCAGCUGGUGGACCGCGUUGCUGAGCCCGAGGCUGCUCCAGUGGUUCGCUCGAGUGCGGCAGACCAGUCGGUCGUAGUGCACAAGCCUACCAGUGCCAUCUUAGUCCAAGAAGCUCCGCCGCCUGUGCCACCAAAGGAUGAUAUGGACUUUCAUCUCAAGGAUGCACAGCAACAGGAGACCGAAGGCGGGACCCACCGUCGCAAGAAGAUCCAGCGGCGACGCAUUGUUGACCUCUCCACCGACAAUCCAUUCACCUCCGAUGGCCUUGGAGCCCCAGGACCUACCAUGCCGGCAGUCCCCCCGAUCCAGCAGUUGCACAGCCCAACCAGUACCUCCAUUGUGCUCCCGUAUGAACAUCAAUCACUGCUGGAGAGCGGGACUCCGUCCGGGUCUUCCAGCAUCCAGAGCCCGAUCAAGCACAUCCACUCGCCUAGUCCUCAGGCUCCGGUAGUACAACCAACUCCGAGCAAAGACUGGACCUUGGAUGAGGAGCUGUGCCGACAACAGCUGGAGGCAUUGCGACAGGAGGUCGGACAUAGCUGGAUCAGCGUCCUGGGAGACCAUUCCUGGGACAAUGCACAGAAAACCUUCGCUGCGCAUCGCCUGGCAGGGGCUGGGCUGGACCACGCUGCCCUUCCGACGGUACCUCUCGUUCGUGCAAACAGCCAUGCUAUCCUGAGUGGAGGUAUCCUGAGCGGAGGCCAUGCCUUGGGUGGUUGAACAUUACUGCUUUUCCCCAACGCUCAUGCACAUUGCACACACUAUCAUUAUCCCACUUGGCCUCUUUACCAGCUCCUCACGGCCAUAUCAUUCUUUCUCUCUCUGCUUGCACAUUUCCAUCGGCAACGCAGUCAUCAUAACCCUCUCCCCUUUUCAGACUAAUCGGUCCUUUUGAGUAAGCCUCGUGCUGCUCCUCAUUUGCAUUUCUAUCGGCGUUGGAUGACUCACGAGAUACGGCGGGUUGGAUGUAUGAACAAUUUACGGCCUUGUGUUUCUUUUUGCCUUGUUUUUUUUGGGCCUUUUCUCCUUGUCCUUGUCUUCAUUUGAUCUUUCACAUUUUUGUGCUUUUCGACUCGGCUUUUCCAGCCCUUUGUGCUGCCUUCAUUGCACACACCAAAACGCAUCUUGCUGCGGUUUCUUCCUGCCUGUCAUCUUCUGGACGGCACCGUGAAAGACGAUUCGAGUUCUAGAGCGCAUUGACUGUACCCGUUGCUGAUUUCUUGCGUUGUUUUGUUUGGGUAUUUCUGGCGUUGGCGGCACGAUUCCUUAUUCCCCUCUUGUCAUUGUUCUCUUUUCUUUUUGCCGUGCGUGUUUCUAUUUCGGCGGGUGGUUUGUCGUCACUUUUUCAAACUCUGCAAAGAGCAAUGGCUAUCUUCAAUGAUAGACCAGUUCGGAAAUAAUAUUUGUCUCAAUUCAUCUCUGCUCUUCACCACGUAGCCAACAUGGGUUAGCUCCGCUUGUUAAGCCUCUAAAGUUUUUAGCAAGCUAGUUAGCCAAUGAAGCAAGUAUUGAGCCUGCAGACCCUGGACCCCGAGCAAAUGCAGCUAGUCCCC